AAUUUAUUUGUUUGUAGAGGGUCCCUCUUCCCAAGAGCUUGCAAUGGAUGGAUACGCUGGGUAGCUUAUCAUGGAUGGGGAUAGGCAAUGGCGCUUAUCGGGUGGCAGGAGGAUAGGAGGUUUUGUUUCUUCUCUCGGUGCCGUAGAUGACGUGUACUUAAGGCAUAUUUUCUUCCAAGCGUUGGACUUGGACCUCCCUUCCCAAUCCCCAAAGUGUGAGGCGUUAUGACCAGACUUGUUUCGCACAGUAACGGCGGGGAUCUGAAGGAGUUAGGGUUUGACGUUUAAAGAUCUGCAGUGACAUGGCCAGAGGAUAAAAGGAUCAGGGCAACGCAGGGUGAAAGGAAAAUGACUUCCCUGAGCAGAGAGCUGGUGUUCCUUAUUUUGCAGUUUCUGGACGAGGAGAAAUUCAAGGAGAGCGUCCACAAGCUUGAACAAGAAUCGGGAUUCUUCUUUAAUAUCAAGUAUUUCGAGGAGGAGGUGUUGAAUGGAAACUGGGAUGAGGUGGAGAGGUACCUUUGCGGCUUCACCAAAGUGGAUGAUAAUCGAUACUCUAUGAAGAUAUUCUUUGAGAUUAGGAAACAGAAGUAUCUGGAGGCACUGGACAAACAAGACCGAGCCAAAGCAGUGGAUAUUCUAGUAAAAGACUUAAAGGUUUUUUCUUCAUUUAAUGAAGAACUAUUCAAGGAGAUUACACAGCUUCUUACGUUGGAGAACUUUCGAGAAAAUGAACAGCUUUCCAAGUAUGGUGAGACGAAGUCAGCUAGGAAUAUCAUGUUAGUUGAGCUUAAAAAGCUUAUUGAGGCUAAUCCUCUUUUCCGAGACAAGUUGCAGUUUCCCACCUUAAAAACAUCGCGCUUGAGAACACUCAUCAAUCAAAGUUUGAAUUGGCAGCAUCAGCUUUGCAAAAAUCCAAGGCCCAAUCCAGACAUAAAAACGCUUUUUGUUGAUCACAAUUGUGGACAGCCAAAUGGAGCACGGGCACCAUCCCCUGCAGCUAAUCCUCUUAUGGGAGCAAUUCCCAAAGGGGGAGGCUUCCCGGCACUUGGUGGCCACGUGCCCUUUCAACAAGCAACUGCACCUGUUGCUACUGCCCUGGCAGGCUGGAUGGCAAAUACUGCUCCUGCACCUCAUCCGGCAGUUUCUGCAGGGCCGAUUGGACUUGGUGCUGCAACAAGUACAGCUUCUUUGCUAAAGCGGCCUAGGACUCCUCCUAAUGUUAACACAGUUGAUUAUCAAUCAGCAGAUUCUGAUCACCUUCUGAAACGAGCAAGAGCAAUUGGGCAAUCUGGAGAUGAGGUUAGCUAUCCUGGUUCAAAUCAUCCACAGCCCUUAUAUUCACAAGACGACCUUCCCAAGAAUGUUGCAAGGAUUUUGAAUCAAGGUUCGACCGUGACAAGUAUGGAUUUUCAUCCAGUGCAGCAGGCUAUACUGUUAGUUGGUACAAAUAUGGGAGAUAUAGGUUUGUGGGAAGUAGGAUCACAAGAGAGAUUGGCAAUAAAAAAUUUUAAGGUGUGGGAUCUUGGAGCUUGUACUAUGGCUAUGCAGGCAGCACUUGGCAAGGAUCCUGGUGUAUUAGUCAAUCGUGUCAUGUGGAGUCCAGAUGGGUCUUUGUUUGGAGUUGCUUAUUCAAAGCACAUCGUGCACAUAUAUACCUACCAUGGUGGUAAUGAUUUGCGGCAGCACUUAGAGAUUGAUGCUCAUAUUGGAGGUGUUAACGACCUUGCUUUUUCCAAUCCCAAUAAGAUAUUGUGCAUCAUUACUUGUGGAGAUGACAAAACUAUUAAGGUAUGGAAUGCUGUUUCUGGAGCAAAUCAGUAUACUUUUGAAGGUCAUGAGGCACCUGUAUAUUCAGUAUGCCCACAUUAUAAAGAAAAUAUUCAGUUUAUCUUCUCAACUGCUCUUGAUGGAAAGAUAAAGGCCUGGUUAUAUGAUCAGAUGGGCUCAAGGGUUGAUUAUGAUGCUCCUGGUCAUUGGUGCACGACAAUGGCCUACAGUGCUGAUGGGACAAGGCUAUUCUCUUGUGGAACAAGCAAAGAAGGAGAAUCUUAUCUUGUUGAGUGGAAUGAAAGUGAAGGAGCUAUUAAACGAACUUAUCAAGGAUUCCGUAAGCGCUCUAUGGGUGUUGUACACUUCGAUACAACUAGAAAUCGCUUCUUGGCUGCUGGAGAUGAAUUUAUGAUCAAAUUCUGGGACAUGGACAACACGAGUAUCCUAACAACAGUUGAUGCAGAUGGUGGAUUACCUCCUAGUCCCCGUCUUCGGUUCAACAAGGAAGGAACCAUUUUGGCUGUUUCAACAAGUGAUAAUGGCAUCAAAAUAUUAGUCAAUGGUGAUGGUCUUCGAUUGUUGCGCACAUCUGAGAAUCGCAAUUUUGAUGCUGCAAGAGUUCCUCAAGAUUCAAAGUUGUCUGUAGUAAAUCAAAUAGCAGCUGCAAAUAUUCCGGCUGGACAAACUGCUGGGGGAUCUGAUCGUGUUGUUUCAACAGUUUCCAUGGUUGGGCUGAAUGGAGUAGAUUCUAGAACCAUUGGGGAUAAAGCAAGGGUGGUAGAUGAUCCAGUUGACAAGAACAAGAAUUGGAAACCAACUGAAGUAAAUGAGCCAGCUCAAUGCAGAUCCAUAAGACUUACUGAUAACCUACCUCCAAGCAAGGUUUCAAGAUUAAUAUAUACUAAUUCAGGAGUUGCAAUCUUAGCUUUGGCUUCUAAUGCUGUUCACAAGCUUUGGAAAUGGUCACGAAAUGAACGCAACACAAGUGGCAAGGCAACGACAAGCGUUUCCCCUGUGUUGUGGCAACCAGCUAGUGGCAUACUGAUGACUAAUGACAUAAGUGAUACUAACCCAGAAGAAGCUGUGCCUUGCUUUGCUUUAUCAAAAAAUGACUCCUAUGUUAUGUCAGCUAGUGGUGGAAAAGUUUCGUUGUUCAACAUGAUGACAUUCAAGACAAUGACGACCUUCAUGGCACCACCACCAGCAGCAACAUUUCUUGCUUUCCACCCACAGGACAACAACAUAAUUGCUAUUGGCAUGGAAGACACCACAAUUCAAAUUUACAAUGUUCGUGUAGAUGAAGUGAAGAGCAAGCUGAAGGGGCAUCAAAAGAGAGUAACAGGGCUUGCCUUUUCUCAUGUGCAAAAUGUGCUUGUAUCAUCAGGUGCAGAUGCUCAGCUUUGUGUUUGGGGAACAGACAGCUGGGAAAGGCUAGGGAGUAAGUUCUUACAAAUUCCAGCAGGUAGAGUACCAUCAGCACUAGCAGAGACUCGAGUCCAAUUUCAUCAGGACCAGAUGUACUUUUUGGUUGUGCAUGAAACACAAAUUGCUACAUAUGAAACCAGUAAACUUGAAUGCCUUAAACAGUGGGUGCCACGGGAGUCCCUUUCUGCUCCAAUAUCAUAUGCUACAUAUUCAUGUGAUAGUCAGCUAAUAUAUGUCAGCUUUUUUGAUGGUGCUGUGGGUGUCUUCCAUGCUGCUUCACUGCGCUUGCGAUGUCGAAUUGGUCCAUCUGCUUAUCUUCCUCAAAAUGUUAGCUCUAGUGUCCACCCACUUGUUAUUGCAGCACAUCCUUAUGAACCAAAUCAAUUCGCACUUGGAUUGUCAGAUGGGGGUGUGCAAGUUUUGGAACCCUUAGAAUCAGAAGGCAAGUGGGGCACUGUACCACCAGCUGAAAAUGGAUCGGCAAGUAACAUUCCAUCUGUUCAAACGUCUGGAAUUCCUGCUUCUGAACAAACCCCAAGGUGAUUUGUAUCAAAAAUUAGUUUUUCACCCCAAGGUAUACUUAUGAUGCUGAUCACAAGUCCAUUUAUUGUGUGGCCUUGAGUCAUGAUUUUGCAUGGUUUAUUCCCUAGCUGUACAUGGAAUGCUGUAAUGCCAACUCACAUCAAUGUUCUGAGUCAGGCAGAGUUUCUUAUGAGGAAAGAUCUUGAUUAAAGCGUGUUAAGUUGUCCAUAUCAAGUCCUAGCCGGAAAUCCUUGUUAGGGUACUUAGUAAUCAAUAUUGAGGCCAGUUUGUGGCUAUCAGUAUAAAAAUUCAUUUGUUUGUUUAAAAUUUGUGAGGUUCACCCCUAGCAAGCCAUUAUAUAUUGCUGCUUUCUGUAGAAAAUGAUCUAUUUAUUAGGUUCCGUUUAAAGAAUCAGAUAUUUCAGAUAUUCAUUGAAGCUUGCCAAUUAACUGAAAAGUUAUUAUUUUGUAAGAUUCUAACAAUUUUGGAAAUGAAUUCCAUUUUAAACAUAUAUUUCUAUUGUAAUAUUGUUAGAUAACUGCCAACCAUAUGGUGGCAUUCUAAUGGAUCGAGUGUUCUGCUACA